AUGACAGACCAAUUUGCCUAUUCUUAUCCUUCUCCGCUGGAGGGGUAUGAGAACCUCGAGCCGCUAUCUGAAGAGCGCAAUGACGAUGGCAAGUCCUUCAAGAACCCGGAACACGGUAUUCUCAGCAAAGCCUACGAGGAGUUCCCCGAUCCACUGUGCAAGGGCCGUCGCGGUGGCUUCGAUAUUCAUAUCUACCAUUUCCAGACCAAUCCCGACCAGGUCGCAUACGCUAAAGCCUUGUGGGAGCGUAUCCGGCGUGAAUUCCCCGAACUCCGCAUAUACGCCUUCUUCGACAAACCCAUCGGCCCACACCCGGUCGCCAUGUUCGAAGUCAACCUCUUCACGCCCGCGCAAUUCGGCGCCUUCAUCCCCUGGCUGGUGAUUAAUCGGGGCCCGUUGAGUGCAUUGGUGCAUCCGAAUACGGUGGAUGAUGAGGAGGAGGAGCGGAAUCAUACGCAGCGCGCGACGUGGUUGGGGGAAAGGAUUCCGUUGGAUUUGAGGGUUUUUAAGUUGAUGAAGGAGAGGCAGAAGAGGCAGGAGGAGGAGAGGGAGAAGCUGGUGAAGGCAGAGGCCAAGGAGGGGAGGUUGUGA